CAAGCUUUUCUUUAACGCUUUGCCUUUCAUCUUUUCAACUAUUUGACAAAGAUCUGUUUCUUAUAAGCUUCCACUACUUCUUCUUUUCUUGAGUGUUUCAACCUGGAAUACGAUCCGAUUUAUUUUUUUACUUGUAUUGACAGCUAGCAGUUAUGGAAAGUCUGUCAACCAAAAGAGAGUUCAACCAAGAGGGACCACAAGGACGGCACGCCUUGAAUAUAGCCAACUUGCUAUGCACAACCGAUGAACAUGAGCAGCCGUUCAAACUGCCUAACGUACCUGUACCGCCUUCGCCUCAAUCGGAGUCCGCUAGUAGUCCUGGAACGCCUAUCCAAGAAUACCUAGAGCCGGCGCUGUUCCAACCUACUACUUCGGCACCAGGCAUCUACAGACACACCAUGUUACCCUUUCGUCCUGAAUUGACACGAUCUUUAUCACUGCCACCUCCAUCAUCCAUGAGUCUUCCUUCCAUUGUGGACAUGGAUCUUGAUCAUGGAAAUGAUUACAAGUUUCACAAUAAGCGUUCUUCUUUAGAAUCUCCUUAUGAGUAUGACCCACCGUUUCGAGGUGAACCUUUUGGCGACGCUGAUGCUAUCCGGUAUAGCCAGAUAUUAAAAGCCAAACGAAAACGAGCCAAUGCUUACCAAUUGGAUGUCUUGAACCGGGUGUUCGAACAAACCUUUUUCCCCUCUACUGAGCUUAGAGCUGAACUUGGUAAGCAACUCGGCAUGAGCCCUCGAACUGUUCAAAUCUGGUUCCAGAACAAGCGACAAUCCAUUCGUACCCGGCAAAGAGUGGCCUCUGAGCGCCAACAGCAAUAUAUGGCCAGGCGAUACACGUAGACGCAUCAUCUUUUCCAAGCUAGGAGGGACAACCUCCCUCCAACAACUGCAUUCUCAUCUAAAAAAACAAUUAUUCGCCAUUCCGCUUUUUGCCCCUCUCAACCACUACUCAUAUAAUCUCAUCUGUCGUUCUCUUACGUCGCUGUA